AAAGUUUGUGAAACCAUUAACACCAACUUCUUCCACCCUUCGUAAGUAUACCAUCUCUUUUUUCGAUGAUAUACAACCAAAUAUGAACGUGCCUUUAAUUCUCUACUACUCUACACCAUAUAAGGAACAAAAUGAUGUACAAACCAACAUCCUUAAUCACUUAGAAAUCUCAUUAUCAAAAACCUUAGUUGAGUUUUACCCAUUGGCCGGGAGAUACAUGGGUUCAUUUAUUGAUUGUAGUGAUCAAGGUGCUCUAUACAUCCAAGCCAAAGCAAAAUUCCAACUCUCGGAAUUUCUAGACCUCGCGUCGGAGUUAAAACUAAGCAUGCUACAUGAUUUUCUCCCGUGUGACCCCGGUAAGCCUGGUGAAGUUGACGACCCCUUGUUAUUCGUUAAAGUCACGACUUUCGAAUGCGGUGGAGUUGCCAUAGGUAUGUGCAUUUCACAUAAAUUUGCGGAUAUGGCCACUUUUUGCACAUUCGUCGAUAAUUGGGCUACCAAAAGCCGAAAAAUAGAUAAGGAUGAGUCAAACUCAAAAAAAUAUUCUCCUGUUUUUAGCUCAACUCAUUACCUCCCAACACUUAAUCUACUUAAUGAUGAAGUUGUUGUUGACUCAAAUGAAGUGAUGAAUAAUUGUGUUUUGCGAGUGUUUUCGUUUAAAGGGUCUACGAUAACAAAACUAAGAGAAAAAAUCAUGUCGAAGGAUAAUAUUAAUAUUGUAACGCAUAGGCCUUCGAAAGUACAACUUAUUGUGGCAUUGUUAUGGAAGGCCCUUGUGGACAUGGAUAAAGCGAAUGGAAAAUCAAAGGCGUCGUUCGUUAUGCAAGCAGUUAACUUGAGGGAUAAAAUCGUCCCUAUGGCGCCUGAUAACUUUUGUGGUAAUUUUAUUACUUAUGCUAAUGCGCGCAUUGAGCUUAGCGAGUCUGACCAAAUUGACCUUCAGGUUUUAGUUAAGCUCUUGCAUGACUCAACUAACAAAAUAAGAAGUAACUAUGCUAAAGCAUUAACACAUAUAGUUGAGAAAGAUUAUGAUGUUUUAUCAAGGCCCAUUUUGGAGAUGUGUCAAAGUAUAACCGAUCCUGAUGUAACCUGCUACGCGUUCAGUUCUUGGUGCAAAUUCUCAUUCUACACUGCUGAUUUUGGCUGGGGUAUACCGGCGUGGAGAAGCACGACAAGAGUUGGUUUCCCACACCGUGUGGUCAUGAUGGAUGAUGAAGAAGGUGAUGGCGUGGACGCGUGGGUUCAAUUAGACAGAAAACAAAUGUGUGAGUUAGAAAAAGAUCCCAACAUACAAGCCUACAAGGUUUAGGGUCAUUUAUGGUGUGUGUUAGCUCCCAGUUAGUUUGUCCGGAUUAAUGCAAUGAAAGUAUGUCUACCGUUGUCCAAUAAUUAAUGAAAUAUGUACCAAAAGUGUUUGUAGCUCAAUGAUAUCAAGAUGUUGGACUUGAUCAUUUUGUUUA